CCGUUACCAUGAGUUGCUAUCGAAAACUUACAUUACGUUACUACACUCGCUAGCGCCUAAACGCGGUUUGUGUAGAUUUCGAAACAACUGGUACCAUGAGUCAGUUACUCGUUUACUAUACUCGCUAACGUAAGCUCGAUUCAUCGUGUAGUUAACGUUACGAUAGGGAAUGACCUUGGAGUGACGCGCCUAACUUCACAGCAAAGAAAGCUAUCUCUUUUUGACCAUACUGAAACGACAGAAUAGGACGAUAUUGGGCAAAAAGCUAAGUAUUCAAGCUUUCGUUUUAAAAAUAUAAACAUAACCCUGCUAAUUUAAAGCGCCAUGGAACAGUAUUAUUAUGUAAAGUGUUAGUGGGGUCUUGUAUUUGUGUUGGUUACCUACUUUGUCAAAGUGACAGUUCUCUACUUAAGUUUAUUUUGAGUGUAUUAUCCAAAUCCAAUCCGUCCGUUGCCUGUUUGUUGUUGUUUUUGUGUUCCUGCUCCUGAAUAAAAAUGCGUACCAGUACUUCACAGUUUCAACUACUAGUCGACUACAUGCAAAAGCAUGGUGACCUUAGCAAGCCGAAUGAUGGGCCACAUGGCAAAGCGACUAAUUUACGCCAGUGGGCCGAACUCACAAAACUUUUAAAUGCUGAUGCUACAGGCGACACUAAAAGUAUAGAGAAGUGGAGAAAGGAAGAAGUAACUGAACUGACGGUACUACCGACUCUUGACCAACCAACCGAUGACAGCCCAUCUAUUUUUCUAAUCCAUGAACAAUUUGGUCAACAAACUUGUUCUAAUGUUGAAGAUUGGAAUCGGCCAGGGACAUCGGCUCAACCCACAGUUUUUCCACCCUUACCUGCAGACAGGAAUAACCAAGACUUGGCGGGCAGAGAGGCGCCAGCAAUAGUUAACAGCCCAGACAGGAGUGAGGCCGGCAUGACGCAGGCGGAGGAGCCUGCGACUCAGGCCGCCCGGACAGCUGCUGGAGGCAGGCAGCACGCGCCGCAGAGUCCUACGCCCUUACCACUUACACCGCGGCGGCGGCGAACACGUCCGAUGCCAACACUCUCCUCUCCUACCUACAGAAGGACUCGUACCCAUACACAGUCCGAUUUAGCAAGGCAAGCCUUUCUCAGGUCUGACUGUGAAUGGCGUAAUUUCCAAAUGGAGGCAGAGCGGGAGAGGAAUAGGUUAAGAGAAUUAGAGAUAAGGAUGCAAGAAAGGUGGUUAGAUUUAUUUAGUCAAUUUUUAGUAUUAGGAAAUAGAAUUGUAGAUAAUUGGGAAAAAAAAUAAAAAUGUUAUAAAUGUGUAUGUAUAUUUUUUGUUUUACCUAUUUAACAAAUGAUAC